AUGGGUGACCCAGAAGCCAGGGCUCAAGGCAGCGCUGGAGCGAGUGCCGCGCCCGCACAGAACCUGGACGUGGAUGAAGAAUUCCAGUUCCUGCUGUGCGAGAACUGCCGCAAGGAAGUGGAGUGCCCCAAACUCCUGCCCUGCCUUCACAACGUGUGCCCUGACUGCCUCCAAGAAACCAAACCCAUGAAUUGCUGCCCCGUGUGCCAGGCGCCGCACUCCCAAACAGACGCGACCUCCGUCCAGGACAACUCGCUGUUUGCAAACCUUCGCGCCAAGCUGAGCAUCUUCCGGAGGAUUCAGAGCGGCCAGGAGCUCUUUUGCGACAACUGCAAGAAAGAGGGGACGCACUGGUGCUCCGACUGCAGGGAGUUCCUCUGCUCCCCAUGUUUCGAAAGCCACCAGAGGUACAGUAAGAGGGAGAGCCACGAAGCGAGGGCAUUGAAGGAGCUCCGGGCCGAUUCGAGCCAGGAGUUCCUCGGCAAAUUCAAGAAAACCGCCGUCAUGUUCUGCUCCAACGCCGACCACGGGAUGCAGAAUCUAAGCAUCUACUGCAAAGACUGCAAGCGAGCCAUGUGCUGCGUAUGCGCGUUGCUGGACUCCCAGCACAACGGUCACCACUGCCACAUCCGAGAAGAAAUCCAGCGCUGGCAGAAGGAGCUGCUGGACAUGAGCACGGAGCUGAAGGAGAAGAAGACCUCCUACGACGGGACCUGCAGCAACCUUCGGGAGAUGGUCAACCACAUGGUAGAGGAGAAGAACAAAACCAAAGAGCUGAUCCAGCAGAAGGUGGCCGAGAUGGUACGGCUGGUGCAGGAGAAGGGAGAGGAGCUCCUGGCCGCCGUGGACCGGCAGCACCAGCGCGAAGUCCAGGACACGGAGGAGAAGCUCCGGAACGUGGAGGGCGUGACCCAGAGGAUGGCGUCCUGCAAGCAGCUGGUGGAGAAGAUGCACCUCUACGCCUCCGAACAGGAAGUGAUGGACAUGUACCCUUUCAUCCGGGAGUCCCUGGAGGAGCUCAAGAGGAAGCAGCCGCCCGUGGUGGAGACCCAGAUCCAGGUGGGAAACUUUGCACAAGUCGAGGCCCGGCUGCAGGCUUUUUAUAGAAGAGUGACGGACGAGAACGAAGCUUCUCCAGCCAGGGUCAUAACUCCAUCCAACCAGGAACUUUUAGGAAAGUUGCCAGCAAAGAGAAGCAUGGAAGUGCAGACCCUGUGGGAACCAGGCCAGACCCCCAUAAAAUGGAUCAAAAUUGAAGGCAAUGACGAUGGGUGGAAACUAGCAGCCGGACAGGUGAAUCUAGAACAACCAGGGACCAGUUCUGGGGACUGUCCAGCGGAGAACAGAGGCAGCCUCUGGAAAGGAGAAGAUACAGAGAUCAUCUCGGGGGUCUGCUUCUCCAUUUCUUCCCCGGAGUCGUCCAACACAGAUGCCCCCAGCUGUUUGAAUGGUUGCGCUGAAGAUGCGAGCAGUGACGACAUCGAACUUUUGGACCCCAACUGGCAAGAGGACACCGGCUCAGAGAGCGGCCACGAUGACUACUGGAGAAAUGUCUUCCGCCCACCCAAACGGCUUUUCUCGGGGCAAGGAUCCUUGGUGUUUUUCGACAUGAAGGUUCUAUCUGAGAGUAUCGUGCACCUGGUAGCCGUCGCGGAUGAAGACACCUCCUUCUCCGUCCUGAUCCAGCCGCUGUUCUCUUCGCCCAGAGGAGAAUUCACAGGCGGUCAUUGCGAGGUCGGGCUGGAGAGCUUCCUCCGUUACCUGCUGACUCUCCACCAGCCCAUCCUGGUGGGUUACGACCUGUGGUCCAUGGACUUUGCGGUCCUGGAGAACUCCUUGCGGGCCAUCCAAAAGGAAGAGGCGUUCAAAGCGGCCGUUUUUGGCUUCUUAGAUGCCUUGCCUCUCAUUAAGGAGAGGGUUCCAGACCUCUCCAACUAUACCCUGAGCAGCCUAGACUCCAGAUACUUUUGGGGGAAGUUAGAUGAUAGCCAAGCCGGCGAAUGUGCCAAGACCGUGAAGGAUCUGUGCACCGUUUUGGAGGUGAACCCGGGAGUGGAUAGGAGACUGGUGACCUAUUCCAACUUGCACACUUACGGCUCCCUUCAGCCCCUCCUGCAGGAAGGGAUCCUUAGUAAUUCCACCAUACAGACUUUGGCGCUGAACGGUGUCUGCCUUUCCACGCUUCUCUCCGUAUACCGAAAGGACCCAGCGCACGGGUUGCAAAAAUUUGGCAGAUACUUGAAUUCCAGGUGGACGAGCGGCGGGGAAACGAUCCAGCAGCUAAGCAAGGCUUGGACCUACUUCGAAGCGCUCCUGUCUACGUCUCAGGGCUCGGAAUCUCUGGCAGCAAAGUCCGGGAAAUGUUCCAGCCAUUAA